AUGGGUCAGAACGAACCAGCAUUUGCUUCGCCAGGUUACAAUGGAGCUGGAUCGUGUCUUUUGCUAAGCCAACUUCAGCAACAAUCAGUAACGGUGAAUACUCCACCAUUUCUGAACAUGAGCUUUACAUCAUUUACAGUCGAAGUAUGGAUAUAUGCGAAUACACUGUACAAUAACAAUUCUUUUAUGGAUAAUACCAUAUUUGGUCAGUUUCAACAAAAUACAAGUGAUCAUUCUUUAUACCUUACGAUUCGCAAUCAACGCAUCUAUUUUGGUUUCUUCGAUGAUGAUAUUCAAGGAAAUCAGGUGAGCGACGACAACCAAGAGUUAAAAUCAAUCUGGUAAAAUUGGUCCAAUUGAAAUAGUUAGAUAGGUCGAUAUUUUCGUCGGCUUGUACCGCUGUAAAAGGUUUUUUUGUAAUGAUCGAGUUGCAUUGAUCUAAAUUUUCGAUUUAACAAACUGAACUAGUUAAAAUUUGUUGAAUAAUUAUGACCAUUCGUUGAACUCAAUUUUUGUUUUCGGAACAUGUAUAAAUGAAUCGAGAAUAUGACUCAUUACAACGUAAGCAUUUCAGAAAAGACAAGUCUAGAAAUUUAUAAGUGUUGAUUACGACGUUUUGCUUUUAACAUCAAUUGUAUUUCUUGUAAUUACUUUUUGAUUUCGGCUGCUUUUACCAGUCUGAAUUCAAUUUAAAACCAGUCCAAUUAUCUCUACAUCAGUUACACUUGUGCGAUAAUCCAACCUUACUAGCUUAAUUAGAUUUGUGACUAUGUGACAGCAUAUGAAACAAAUGCUUACAAUACAUUAGAUCCAGGAUCCUUCUUGUUCGAUAACUUUUUAUUUUGUUUAGAUAUUGAAUGCAAGUAAGUGGUAUCAUAUCGUAAGUGUCGAGUGGAGUAGUAAAUGCAAAAUCGUUUUUCGAUUAUUAUAGGCAUAUAUUUAUGAUUAUCCGUCACGAACACAGCUCAUCUAUGUCAAUGGCUAUUUGGAUGCUUCACGUACUUCUGCUGGUCCAUAUCAGAGUACAUCAGGGUAAGCAGCCAUUAGUCAUAUUCAACAUCUUAGGGGUUGUAAUAGUAACUAGUUUUCUAAGAUUCAAAACACUACUUGUUUUCUUUUCUAUGAAAUAAACAGUUUUCAUGAUCAAGGAUGAAUUGCAUCAAUGAUUAUUUUUCAAUGGGAAAUAAGACUACAUAUAUCGGUUGAAAAUUCUAGAAGGAGUUCGAAGACAGAUAGUUUGAUGUUUUCGAAGUAACGUAGGCUCUGAGAAAAAUACACUGAGAUGCUCUCUGUGAAUUUCAUCUGUAAGUUUUGAGACUAAUAUAAUUUACAGGAAAGGAAGUCACUUUCAUUUGAGGAAUUCAAAGAAUACACUAUAACACAAUUCUUUUAGCUUUAAAGAGCACUUAAAAAUCAUUUUUUUACACCGUUAUCUUUUCUAUUCAAGUAUGGUAUACUUGAAUACAGCCUAUAUCACAAUAUUGUGAACAAAUUUUUUAUAAGAUAUUUUAUUGACCUGGUGAUCGUCUUAAAUACGGUAUUCACGUUUUCUGAGUUGAAAGUGGCUUGGUUGGAUGUCUUUGAGAUAGAUAUGAACGAUUAGAAAUAGAUACAGCUACGGCAUAUUACAACAAGUUCUUCCGAGAAAUCGGAGUAUCUCAGUAUAGUCCUAUAUUUUUAGGAUAGACCUAUUCUGAGUCAAUAGCGAAGAUAAAACCUAAUGAUGAUUAGCUUUGAGUUUAUCUUUUCACAUGAGUUAUCCAAUUCUUUAUCGUAGAUUUGUUUUGCAUCUGAAGUUAAUAUGAUAGACACUGCAGUACAACAUGUAAUUCGAGUAUAUUUUACAAGUGAAACAGUUUCAAUUUCAAAAUUUUGGAACUGCAACUGUUAGAAAGGAUGUUGCAUCAAUGAAUCACACUGAAUGUAAAGACAUAGAAUAAGUGAAUAUUUUUUUGGGGGAAUGAAAUUUUAUUACAAUCCAUCUACUAUCCUUCAUUAUAUGACAUACUUUUCAUGAAGCGUUCCUGCAUAAGUUAAUCAUUACGAAAAUGGGUAUCAUGCUUAUUUUUACUUAGCAGUCUUAUCUACUCAGCAUGAAACAGUAGAUUUAAGUUCCAGAGUUUUUUUGAUAGCUCUUAAACGACUCUAAAAGGGUUAGAAAUUAUAAGUUUCUAGCUUUAGCGAAGACAUCAAACCAAGAAUAUAUCUCAAGAUUUCAUUGGUUGAUGCAUAUUAAUAUCAGAUUCACUUACAACCGUAAUUUUUCAUAGAUAAAUGUUUCUGUAAGAUUGAUGAUUGAAAUACUUUUUUGGAAGCAUUUUCUGCAAUGAAAACUGUCUUGAAAUGCGAUUAAUAAAAAUUCAUGUGGAAACACUUUUAACUGAGGAAAAAGCAAGUCAUAAAUCACAAUCUUGAAUUAGUAGAUAGAUCUCUAUAUGUUCAAUUGGUUAGAGGAUUAGUUCAAAGUAUUUCAUCGUGACCUCUGCAAGCGACACACUUACAAACUCAUACUUUAAAACUCAGAUGAUUUUUCCAAUAGAAAAAGUUAAUGCCUUUGAGCUUUCUCUUUUAUGGAGGAAAGAAAACGGAGCUCUACAUUAAGGUAGCCAUGCAACACCAGGCAUGCCCACAGAUAAAAACAAAUGUUCUUGUGAACGAAUAUGAGCUAUCCAAUGCUUUCAAAACAACACCUUGUAAUAUAAUUCAGUUCGCAUGAUUUUUCUACUAUGAGUUGCAAGUACAUGCCAAGAUGUUGGAUAAGUGUUAGUUGAAUUUCUUUUCUACUGGA